AUGGCUCCGAAGCGCAAGAGACAUGGCGCCGACAGGCAGUCUAUCGAUAACCCCGCCAGCCGCCCAUCGCCUCAUCGUCCAGAGCAGACGUCGCUAGGCCGCCAUGACGUCGCGUACCCAGACGGCGGCGGCCGAGGUGGCCGCACGCGAGCGACCCGAAGGAACGACCGUCGCGACUCGCUGCAGAAUGGGCAGUACCCAUCCAGCACGGCGCCGUCGCCCAGCCCGCUCUCUCCCACGGCACCGCGCCCGCCCAGCGCUUCGUCCCAAAGCGCUCUCCAGCCGAUGAACGCGCCCUCGCUCCUAACACCCGUCGCGACCCCACCUGCGCCCGCGUUUCCGCACUACGACUACUCCAUCGUCACCGAGUCGCAGUUGAGCUCGUGGACCAAGGGAGGCCGCCAGCACGUCAUAGAUCACGGCGUCCAGGCCGCAAACGACGAGGACGACACAGAGGUCUCGGCUCUCUACCAGGAGCUGCUGCAUUUGGUGAUAGACUCGCGCCUCACACCCCAAGACGCCGGUGGUAUAGUCAGAGAGAUGGUCAAGACGGCACAAUCCGAGAACGAACCGGACUACUCGGUGUUCGACCCACGUAUCAUCUUUCUUGAUAACCUCACCGUCCUAGUCGACUCCGAGGGCGUCAAGUUCCCAGACCAGCUCCGCGAGUUCUUGACAGCUACCGAUAUCUCACCCACACUCAUGAGAGAGCUUCUUGACCAAUCCCUCCUUAUCGAACUAGGCCUGCUUCGGGAUAACUUCGUCAAGCGGGGCAACCAGCACGCGACCAACACCGUGUAUCGCCAGGCCGCGCAUAACCUUCUGCGGGAGGAGACGGAAGGAUUUUCCAAAUUGACGGCCGAGCUGUAUCUGAGCCUCAAGUACGAAGAUGUCGACUUGUCUUGGGAGGCCGCCCACCAGACCUUUGAGAAGGUCAAGAGGCUUAUCGGGACCUUCGAUCUGGCAGUCGCCAGGGUUCUCGACAUCACGCUGGAUGUCUUUGCAGCGACCAUCGUCAAGCAGAUGCGGCCCUUCCUCAGAUUCCUCCGCGUGAGUGCGUGGUGGCCCGAGGGCCUGGUAAAGGGCCAGGCCCCAGGCCCCUUCAGCGGCUUGCCAAGAUGGGCCCGCCCAGAACUAUACGAGGACGACGAUAUGACCGAUGCCGAGCGAGAGGAGAACUUCAACAAACUGAAACUCGAGCGUGAUAUCGCCUUCUGGGACCGGGCUCGAGAGGCGCACCUCGACGCCUUCUUCGAGCUUGGCUCGCUAGGUGUUGCGGAGUCUGAUUUGGAGCGGCUCACGUCCGACGACAGCAAGGCGGGCUACACCGCCGCUGAGCGGGAAUGGAUCAAGGUCACCAAAACGUUGCCUGUGCGCGGAAGCCGAGCUGCGGCCUCAAUUCUGGGAUUCAAGCUCAAAUUCUACGAGACGCCCGAGGGCAAGCUGGAGAAGGGGGGGAUGCCUGCGAAUCUCAUCUGGAUGGCCGCGCUUCUUAUCAAAAUCGGCUUCAUAACGCUCGCCGAUAUCUACCCACAUCUCCACCAUUCGGACGAGGAGAUGGAGACGGUUGUCCGCGAGCAGAUGACCAAGGAACUCGAGGCCAUGAAGGAGAAAGAGCGGCCUGGUGCCACUGCGAACGCCCUGAUGAUGGCCGGCGCUCUCCCCGACGACUCUCCCCCGACCAUGACCGGCACCGUGACGCGGCGGGAUAACCCCAUAGCCAAGCCUGACGCCGGCCGCGGCGCCAAGGAUGCGACAACCAAGAGCGAUUCGAGCGGAGAUGGAUACUAUGACCCGAAAUCCGCCCUGUUGGAGCACCUGCUUGUGGCUGGAGCGAUCCCCGAGGCGCUCUUCAUGCUCGGUCGCUUCCCCUGGCUCACUGAACUAUGGGGCCAUAAGAUCUUCCCGCUCAUCCACAGGAUAUUGCGACACUCCAUCCACAAGGUCUACGAGGAGUGCGCUCCGAAGCCUGUGUCAUCAGACAUUACCCGGGGCUGUCCGGCUAAGAAGGUCGUCGAUCCUGAUCAGACCGGAGUGCGCAAGGGCAGUGUCAAGCUGAGCGAUCAGCCACAGCCCAAAUUCCUCCGGUGGCCGCACGCCGACAAGUGGGACACGUCAUUGUCCAACUACCGCUACUACUUUAGCGAGUGGACCGACAACGUACCCGUCUGUCAGAGCAUCGACGAUGUAUUCACCCUAUGCAGCACCCUUCUCAACAUCUCGGGUGUGAACAUCGGACUAGACGAGCACCUCUACGCCGGACUUACACGAAUCGGCAAAUGGAGUUUGCAGAACGACAAGUCAGCCGCCAACUUUGACAGAUGGCAGGAGCUGCUGAAGCGCAUUCUGAUUCCCGCCCUCAGCCUCACAAAAGAGAAUGCUUCGCUGGUAGACUCUGCAUGGUCGAUGCUCCGGCAAUACCCCACCGCCGUGCGAUACAACAUCUACUCGGAGUGGUUCGAGGGCCAGACCUCGCGUCUGCCAGCCAUGGCCGAGGCAUUCAAGGUCACUAGGCUACAGACGCUGAGCACGCUGAAGCGGCUUGCAGCCACCAACAUCCCUACUAUGGCAAAGGCCCUUGCCAAGGCGGCAUACUCGUCUCCCGGCAUCGUCUUCAAGGUGUCGCUUGACCAGAUCGAGGCCUACACGAACCUCAUCGAUGCCUUUAUCGAGUGUGCUAAGUACUUCACCGACCUAGGCUACGAUGUGCUCUUGUGGUCCUUGCUGAGCUCGCUGGGUAGAAGCCGGAGCCGCACUGGAGCAUCUGUGCUCGUCACUAGCCGGUGGCUCCAAGCUCUCUCCAAAUUCUCGGGUCAUGUCUUCAAGCGCUACUCGAAUCUGGACCCAACUCCCGUCUUGCUCUACGUCAAUGACCAGCUCUUCAGAGGCAACUCCACCGACCUGGUCAUUCUCAAGGAGUUCAUCACGUCAAUGGGUGGCGUUGUCUCGGACGUCGACUUCACAGAUGCUCAGCUCACCGCAAUGACGGGGGGCGCCGUGUUGCGAAAGCAGACACUGAUCAAUGUCAAGGACAAGCGGUACGAGCCGGGAACGCAGAAGAGCGCCCAACGGUUGAUGAGGGCUAUGGUCAGCAGCAAUCUUGCUGGUCGUCUGCUGAUCAACAUUGCGCAAUAUCGGCAAACGGCCAUCUACAAUAUUCCCGAAGACGAGGCGCACAUCAAGUACCUGGCCAGCCUGGUGGAUGGCUCCCAGCAAAUACUGAGCCAAUACCUGGACCUGCUCCGGAGCAACCUCGAUCCUGAGCGGUUCGAUUCACUCGUCCCCGACCUGGUUUCUCUCAUCACUGAAUACGGGCUGGAUGUCAGUCUCGCCUUCAUGAUUGGCCGGGGCAGCCUGACUUUCUUGACAAGUCCACCAUCCCAGUCGUCGUCCAAGGACGAGCCAAUUCAACCACAGGCUCUGCCAGCACCGACUCCUGCCGCUGCUGCGGACGCUGACGGUGAUGUCUCUAUGUCUGCACCAGAUGAGGCUCCAAAGGACGGCGAGACAGGUGACAAGUCGCUUGCCAAGACGACUCCGGAAACACAGGAAGCCCCAGCGACUGUCGCGCGUAAAUCUGAUCCGAUCUACGCACUGAUUCAGCCGCUGGUCGAGGCCGUUCAACCCCUGCGGCCAGCCACUGUUUGGCAGUCGAUAAGCCCAGAGUUCUUUGUCCUCUUUUGGUCUCUCCAACUCACCACAAUCGCGUUCCCCCAGCCAAGCUACUCGGUCGAGAACUCGCGGCUCAUCAAACAAGCCGAGGAGGUCAUGCGCAAUCGCUCUGAUAUGACCAGGGCUGGCAUGCAGAAGAAGACGGACCACAAGAACGGUCUCUUGGACACGGCGAAGCUGAUCCGCGACGAGAUGAUGGCCGAUGGCGAGCGCAUGUCGAAGCUCCGGCUUCGACUAACGAGGCGCUCUUCAACAUGGUUCCCGGCCACAGCCAAGGACGCCGCCGUCGCCGACGUGCUCCUUGAGCAGUGUCUGCUGCCGAGGCUUCUCUUGUCGGCCACCGAUGCCACCUACGCGUUCCGAUUCGCCAAGUUCCUCCACGAAACCGGCGUCCAGCAUUUCAAGCUAAUGUCCCUAUACGACCGGCUUUUCAGCGCCAAUCGACUGCGCACCAUGAUCUUCACAUGCACGCAAAGGGAGGCCGAGCAUCUUGGCCGGUUCAUCAAGUACAUCCUCACAGACCUCUCCAACUGGCACAGUGACAAGGCAGUGUACGAGAAGGAGGCCCUGGGGCGCCAGCGGGACGGCGGGAAGCGUGUCUAUCUUGGCUUCGUGACCUCUGUUGACGCCGACGGGACCCCACAGACGUUUGUGGAGCAUGGGCCUUUCCGGGAUCUGCUCUACGGCUGGCACAAGAACCUAAACACAGCACUGAAGUCGUGUCUCCAGGGCAUGGACUGGAUGCAUAUUCGCAACGCCAUCACUGUCCUGCAGUCUGCCCUGGACGUCUUCCCCGCUGUGGAUUUCAUGGGCAAGCAGUUUGUGCAGCAGCUGAAGACCAUUUCGGACCGCGAGACAGCUUCCAAGUCGGAUGACGGCCACCGCGGCGAUCUUGCCACAACAGCCCAAAGCGUCAGCUCACUUCUGCAGAAGAAGAAGGCAAAAUGGGUCAUGGUUCAGGCUUUCCGGCCUAACACUACCGGCGAGCCGCAAGAGGAGUCGAAGCCCACUGCUGACACCAGCGCCAAAACCCUGCGACCAACUGCACCCGAUUUCAAGCCCCGGGGACCAACAACCAACUUGACGACCGACCGCCGCCCGCCAUCUGUGGCCAGAGCCGAGGAUGCCAACACGCCCGCUCAGUCCGCCACGUUGACGCCUUCAUCUCAAGACAAGAGACUAGCGCCAGCAACCAACCGCAUUCCAUCCGUCGUCGACAAGGAGCCAAGCAGGAGAGAAGGGCAGGGUGUAGUUCAAAACGCGCCUGGCAGCAAAGCAUCCACCCCGCAGCUAGCCAACAGCACGCCGGCACGCCCCGAAACCCCGAAGCCAUCGACACUACCAUCUGGCAACAUCCCGGGACUUCCCAAGCGGCCGGAUGUACCUGUGCCCGGCCAAGGUCUUGGGGGCCGCACACAUGAUCGGCGUGAGUCCGCUUCUAGAGACUCGAGGGACACGCGAGAUUCACGUGGGCCUAGAGAGCCCCGGGAUCAUCGUGAGCCUCGAGAGUCGAGGGACACAAGAGAAGCCAGGGACCAGAGGGAGGCUAGAGAUCCUCGAGAUCCUCGCGACCAUCGCAUGGUCGAGGGGUCCCGUCCCGAGCGUCUGUCUCGUGACUCUACAGGCACGGAUCGUCGUGCCCCUGGUCCUGAUAGCAACGGUAACAACACUGGUGCUCCCAAGGAAUCAUCAUCCCGGCCCACCGACAAGGAUAGGAAUCCGCGAUCAGAAGCACUCCCCAACCGCUCCUCGAGGGACAGCGCCAGAGAUCCGCCCAGGGAACCAGCGCCCAGGGACGCUCUCAAGGAGCUUCCGCGAGACCGCAGCCUCCGAGGCCGUGAGAGCAGCAGGGGCAGCCCCCGUGACAGCCACCGCGACGGACCCGGGGCGCCGCCAUCCGCAGCGCCGCCACCAGCAGCCAGCGUUCAGGAGCCCACCAUCAACCCUGAACGUGCGAGACUACUGGCCAGGGAGCAGCCAGAAAUAUUCCAGCCCGAGCGGCCCGGGACCGCCCGUGACAGGCGUUCAUCGCCAGGUCCGUCUCCCCGCGACGACGCACGCGGCCGGAACCCUUCCAGCCGGAACCAGUCCCCACGCAGCGGAGAGCGCUUCCACAUAGAGUCCGUUAUGUCAGAGCGCGAGCGGGAGGGAAUGCACGGCCGGACUCUCCAUCCCAGCCAUGCCGGACCCCCGGGCCGUGAUGGCUAUGGCGAGCACGCAUCUCACAUGCAGUCCAGGGACCGUCACAGGGAUCGCGAAGCAGACCGACCAAGAGACAACACGGCUGGCCCUGCACCGUCGUCCAGGCAGUCAUUUGACCAAGAUAACGGCCGACUAAGCUACCAGGACCCUAACUAUGGCCGGCUCAACCACAUCCCAUCCGUCGCUUCCGAGAUUCCCUCGGGUCCUCGCGCGAGAGGGGGCGGAGGGAGGGAGCCAGCUCCGCGCCAUAGUUCUCUCAACCUUCCCGGGCCUUCUCCACGCCAUGACGGUCGCUUCCCGCCUAAUGGGGAUAUCCCCCGCCCGCCUUCUCCCGACCGACAUCCUCCGACUGGGCCCUCGUCCGGACGACCGCCGGCACGUAGGGGGCGAGGACAGUACGAAAACCCGGCAAAUGUACCACUUCCAUCAUCCCCAGCCGGCGCUGCCCCACCCCCUCAGUCAACUGGUGUACACCCGGACCGCAUGCGCCUAGUCAGCGGGCCGUCCACACUUGGAUCUGGACCCGGGCCCAACGGCCCUGGACCCGGUCCUGCUGGUGGCUCGAUGUCGGCAAACUCGAUCCCCAUCAAUCCGGACCGGAUGAACCAAAUCAACGCGUCGUCCUUGCCACCACAGCCUCCGCGACGCAGCAUGGGCCCGCCUCAGCAGACCCCUGACCGGCCUCCUCAGCCCCAUGGCCCACCAGGCUCUGGGUCUAACCAACGCGUGUCAUCAUCUGGAGGACCAAACCAUCAAUCCGGCUCAGCUACAGAUGGCCGUGGCGGCUACCCGGCCCCAUCAGGCCCUUCCUCGUCCCACGAACGGACCGACAGGUCAGACCGUGCGAGAGGCCGAGGCCGGACAAUGCUCGAUGGUAUCAACACCACACUCGAGAAGGCUGGCCAGGAGAGCCGUCUUGGCGAUGCUGGCCGCACCAGCCACCGCGGCAGGGCCCAUGGUACCAUGGCGGGCUCGGACGCACAGGUUCUCACUGGCGGGUCUCCCGCCACAACACCGAUUCAAGAUCGGAUGGAUCCUAUGCGCCGCGACCUGCCCGGUCCCCGAGGCCCACUAGGACAUCACGCGGAUUUGAACAACGGGUCAUUGCCUCCCCCCAACCGAGAGCCCAGGAGUGGUGCCGGUGAUGGCCAACACACGCCCAGCGGUAGCAGGGAUGGUAGGGAUGGCAAAGACCACGAUCGCUCGAGCCGCAGAGAACACAGAGACCGAUCCGGCCGUCCAUCACGUCGGAGCAGCCGUGAGCGGAGCACAGACCGAGAGCGGGAGCCAAGAGAGCACCGCGAACCCAGGGAUCGAAGGAGCGGAGCGCCCUCGGGCGGUGGCUCUGGCAGCCACGUUCGCGAGGGAGGUGAUCGGGAGGGAUCCUCUAGUCGUCGGUCAGGACGCGAAUCCGCAGGCGGCGGAGGCCGCGAGCCCCUGACUCCUCUUGGCGGCGGCGGACGCGACCUCGCGAGCGGCGGUCGUGAAUCCCGGCACCGGGGCGAGUCGCGAUCAGACAACGGCGGCAGCAACAACGGAAGCGGCGAGUGGGGUGGAAACAGCAGCAGUGGUGGUCGAGGGGGCCGAAGCGGAGGAAGCGGUGGCGGGCCGCCCAGGUCAGGCGACGACCGCAGGGAGGGCGGUGGCGGAGGUCGCGAGGACCGAGGCAGCAGGAAGCGACGGAGCGAUGACGCAGCAGGACUGGCUCCCACCGACCGCGAUAAGCGUCAGCGUCGUUAG